AUGAAGGAGACUGCCAAAGCAUUUCUUGGUACAAAAGUUACAAAUGCAGUUAUUACAGUUCCUGCAUGUUUCAAUAAUUCACAACGUCAAGCCACGAAAGAUGCUGGUACGAUUGCUGGAUUAAAUGUUCUCCGUAUCAUUAACGAAUCUACGGCCGCGGCUAUCGCUUACGGUUUAGAUAAGAAGACUACUGGUAAACGAAAUGUGUUGAUUUUUGAUUUAGGUGGCGGUCUUUUUAAUGUGUCUCUUUUAAACAUUGAAGAGCAAAUAUUCGAAGUCAAAGCUAUUGCAGGUGAUGGACACCUUGGUGGUGAAGACUUUGACAAUCGUCUUGUUAAUCACUUUGUUCAUCAAUUUAAGCGAAAAUUCAAGAAGGAUCUUACUAAAAAUGCUCGAGCUUUACGUCGUCUACGAACUGUUUGUGAACGUGCAAAGCGUGCUUUAUCUGCAUCAUCUCAAACUUCAAUAGAAAUAGAUUCACUUUUCGAGGGUAUCGACUUUUACACUUCCUUAACUCGUGCUCGAUUUGAAGAACUAAAUCAAGAUUU